GCGCUGUGCCAACGCCCGCGCCCGCCGCCGGUAAAGGCUGCCCGAUCACCAAAGACGCGCCCAAGGGUGCGCUCUACGCCGACGCCCGAGCCCGAGCAACGACGAAGGGCUGCCCCCGAGCGCGUUGGCCAAUAGCUCACAGCAAAACCCAAUAGCUCGCCCCCGAGCAACGACGGAACGAUGGCCAAGCUCCCGGCCAUCCGCACGGAAGGCGCCUCGCCCUUCGCGCGCCGGUCCAGGAUGCCCGCCGGCUCCUUCGACGAGCUCCUGGCACCCCAACGAUCCAUCAGCGAACAACCCGUUCGGAAAUCCCUGCGGAGGCCCGCCGGCCUGCGGAAACCGCUCCGAGACAAGGACCAGGCCGUCGCCAAGGCCUCGGAGCAGCUCCAGAACAAUAGGCAACGUAGAAAGGAAUACAAAAAAUUGCACUCCGGUAGUAUGCGGGAUGAAAAAGCGUGUGUGGUGAAGUCCUUAUCAUUGACGGGUGGCACGGACGGCUUGGACGCCAUGGCUGCUGGUUGUUUACUCCCUCAAUUAGCUGCGACGCCCCAAUGUUUUAGGUAUCUACAAACCUUGAAUAUGAGUGGCACGCGCAUCAAUGCCCAAGGCGUCAAGUCGUUGGCUACGUUUUUGUCGUCUGGCGAGGACUGCCACGUCAAGAGUUUGCGACUGGAUAAGUGCGGGGUCUCCGACGCGUCGUCGGCACUAUUGUUCCGAGGUGUAGAGCGAGCUCGUUGUUUGAAAGUCCUAUCAAUAGCGAAGAAUAGGGUGGGCCCCAAAGGUUCAGUAGCGUUAGCUAAAUCUAUACGGAGUACGCAUCUCAAGGAAGUUUCGUUGUCGGGCAACGCGCUACACGGCCUCUCGCUGGGCUUUCUUUGUGAAGCGUUAGCCUACACCACAACCAUACACAGACUAGACUUGUCCUGGAACUUACUAGGGAAAUGCACGGACGAGCAGGAUUACGGGCGAGGCGGCGACGCCCCUCCAGCCAUACGAGCUUUGGCGCUGAUGCUCGCGACCAAUAGGCAUCUACGAGCGUUGAAUCUCGCGAAUUGUUCCCUAGAUUUAACAGCUAUCGAAACCAUCAGUGAAGGUCUCCGAGAGAACACGUCGCUCAUCUCCCUGAAAAUCAACGACGGAAAUUGUGGGAAACUCGACGCGAAAAUGUCCGUGACUCAGUGUCUGUUUCUGACGUUUUCUGAACUUCAAGUUCGCGUCGAUGGCGUCAACGCGACGUCACGCCACCGCGACGCCGUCGACGCGGCCGCCAGAGAGUCGACGCGCCUCGCGAGACGGUAUCACUCGACGCAGGUUCCUCGAGGCCGACGCGCCGUUGCAACUCGGCGAGAAGAAGCAGGUCGACCGGGGCCAUCGGUGGUCUGAACCUGGUUAUAGAGAAGUAGAGUUCAUGUUCUCGCCGUCGAGCUGCGCGCAAUUUGACCCGUCGCGACCCUUGUAUUUGCACUUGGAAUGCGACCAUUGGCAGGCCGACCAGCUGGACCUCAUGGAGCCCUUUGGCUUUGUAAGGUUCAGGGUGCUGCCGCCGGGGAAGCAGUACUACUUUUUUUCCCAAGGCGAUCAAGUGCUCAUUGCAGAUGACCAUGCGUCAGAGAUCCAUCCUAAAGUUCAUUCUCGUCGGAAUUACGUGGAGACCACACCUGGUCAUUUACUCAAAUCGAUACAUGAUUUAGAUCAUGCCAGACCGAGGGAUCGGGACUGGGCUGACCUCGAGCAGACGCCGUGGCUCGUCGGCAAGUGUCCUUCGUGGUCCAUGCAGCACGCCUUCGUCGGGCGGCACCGGCAACUGUCGGAUGCCGAGAAGGGGGACCUGAAGAAGACGAAGGCUGAUCCGAGGUUGUUUGCUGUUGUGCCUCCGGAGCGGUUCGGCAAGACGAGUCAGCAGGCCUGCGUGUUCGAUCCUGACAGUGUUUUUAGGGACUACGAGUUGUUCGAUUCUCCUGGACGUAAUCAUGCGGCGUCGUACGAGGACUGGUGUGACAUGAAGUUGACUCGACUAAGAUUGGUACCGGAGAGCGACGAAAAGACGGCCUUGGAUGGUUUACGAUCACACUACGUUCUACUAGCAUCAUUGUUCCAGCACUUGCGAUGUGUGGAAUACCCGAACCAUCGCACGGAACUCAAGGAUCAUGUGGACCUCCCGACGAUGCUUAAGCUACUUACUCGUACUGGAUUGGUCGUACCCUCUACGAGAGUGCAGACGCCCCACGUCUCGCCCGGCGGCGCGAAGGCCUACAAGGGCAAGGUCAAGAAGCGCAAUGCGCGCAAGAAGUCCCUCGGUUGCGAGCACUCGUCCGAACCGAUAGAUACCAAAUCUUUGCGGGAACUGUUCUACAUCGUAAAUGUGUCCUUCGAGGAGCACAUGGCCGACCCCGACGAGAAGGAGUUACUUGAUAGAGGGGAGUUUGUGGAACUACUCUGUAGACUAGCUUUGCUGAGAUAUGCGGAUCCGGCCGAGCCUGAUGGGUUAGAAUUACCUCGAGCAUUAGAUUUAUUGAUAGAGAACCACGUCGGCCCCUACGUCGACCACCUCGCUCAAUCAAGUUCAUUGACACCAUCCACAAUAGGUAGAAAUGACGGCUUUCGAGUCAAAUUCUUUUAUACGCCUCAGACCGAUGCUGUAUUGACGAAGUACGAAAUGCACCUGAGACGCAUCUUCCGCGACUACGCCUGCGGCCAGCACGCCAAAGAUCCGUUUGGAGCUGCCGAGAAGAAACGGCUCGCUCAGUUGCACAAGAAACCGAAGAGGCCGGAGCUCGACAUCUUCGGCGCCGACUCAGCGCAGAAAAUGAACUUGAACCUGACGUGGUCGCGGCGAUGGCGUCGACGCGGUGCCGCAGCGCCUCGACGCCGUCGAUGCGGCCGUCAGAGAGUCCACGCGCCUCGCGAGCGUGCCGCGGUCGUGUCGCGACGGUGUCGUUCCCACACAGGCCAAGAAGUCGAGGAGGACGAAGUUAUUUGUCAAGUGCCGAAGAUCCAGUUCGCUGAUUUACUUGAAUUAGUAGUGCGGACCGGAGCUUUGGAUGUCGACUAUCUGCGGCCCAAAAAACAACCACCGUCUGACGGUCUUGGGAGAGGUCGAGUGACGGAAUAUGAAGUGUUGCAAGACGCGAUCAAGUCCGAACUCCUGUCCAUCGACGACAAGGGCGCUGGAGCACAAAAUGCGUCCCUAGAUUUUGGGGAGUUUCUGGAGUUCGUGUGUCGACACGUCUGGCGCUUGCAUGUGUUGGAGGGUGCUUCCCAUGACGCAGGGCUGGCCCACUACCAUUCUAGAUUGGACCACUGGAUCGAGGCGUUGUGUGGCAUCCUCUAUUUCGAGGACUCCCAUGCGGAGCUGCGGGCGAGGUAUGUCAGAGGGGCUUUACCACCCACGCCGCAAGAAUCAUCAAGGCCGCAACCGCAGCUCCUGGCCCAGGCCUCCGCUAUUAAUGUAGCAGCCAAAUUAGCCUCGAAGAUGCGCGGCCGCAAGUCGAGCAUCGACUCGUGGGCCUUUGCGCCGCCUGCGGACGAGUAUGACGAGGAAGAGGAGGAGGAGGUUGAGCCGGAGCCGGAGCCCGCCAAGCCCCCGCGGAAGGCCGCGAAGAGACAGACGAAGAAGAAGCACGCCUACCAGACGAACCCCUACGCGUUACCCGCCGGGCCGCUCCGGAAGACGCGCAAGGAGAAACCGAGACGCAAGCACAAGGACGGUCCCGCGACCUUCGAGGGCUUCUUCGUCGAAGGUGGGGAGGACCUGCCUCCUCACUCUCCCAUAAGAACGCCGAAUCGACCGUCCCUCGACGGGCUGCCUGCUGCUUCUGAUCCUAGAACUCCUGGUGGAGGCUUGAAGGAGGAGUACCUCGACGACGAGGAAGAAGAUGAUGAAGAGGAGUACGAGGAGGAGUACACUCAACCGCUCACGGCCGCGGCCGACCCCCGGACGCCUGGGGGCGGUCUCAAGACCCUGAGCGAAGAGGAGUUCGAGGACGAGGAAGACAUGGAGGAGGAGCUGUCCCUGACGCCGGCGAAGCCCAUCACGGCGGCGGCGGACCCGCGGACGCCCGGGGGCGGGCUACGAAGUGCCGAGGAGUCCUACGAGGAGUCCUACGAGGAAGACUAAGUAUCAUGUGACUGA